GGCGCUACAACUACGCAACCAAUAUAAAUUUCGUUCCGCGAAGCGCCCUCUUCCUUCACGUAUUUCGGAAUACGGUGCAACUCUUUGGUCGUGUCCAGAAUCGGGCUCAUCCAACACCCAAUACCGAAUUUAUCGACUGUUAAGUCAGCUACAAAGAAACAAUAAUGCCGCCCAAGUUCGAUCCAACCGCUAUUACUGAGGUUUUCUUGAGGGUUACUGGUGGUGAAGUUGGCGCUACCUCUUCUUUAGCACCCAAAAUCGGUCCUCUUGGUCUGUCUCCCAAGAAGGUUGGGGAUGACAUCUGCAAAGCUACUGGAGACUGGAAAGGUUUGAGGAUCACGGUGAAGCUAAUUAUCCAGAACAGACAGGCAAAGGUUGAAGUAGUUCCCAGCGCAUCAUCAUUGGUCAUCAAGGCACUUAAAGAACCACCACGUGACAGAAAGAAGCAGAAAAAUAUCAUUCACAGUGGCAAUGUCAGUCUUGAACAAGUUAUUGAAAUUGCACGGAUCAUGAGACCCCGUUCUAUGGCACGCCAGCUAUCAGGCACUGUCAAGGAAAUCCUUGGCACUGCACAGUCAGUUGGAUGUACUGUUGAAGGCAAACACCCACAUGAUGUAAUUGAAGGCAUUGAUGAGGGAGAUUAUGAAAUCCCUGAAGAAUAAAUAUGCUGACAAAGAAACAUCGCAAAUAAAAAGAAAAAAAUUGUGAAAG